UUGUGUUUUGUUUUCGUUUGGAAGAUGAUGAGCUUUGCACACACCCUGUGGAUAGUUAGAGCCUGCACCUGGGAGACUGGAAGUGAUGUUAUUUCCACAGUGGUAGGAAGGGCUGAUGCCAUCUGAUGGUGUUUCACAUGGAGCCUCCUCAGCUGGUAUGAGAAAGGAAGGGUCAGCUUGGGCCCAAGUGAGGAUGUCUGGGUGUGAGCUGACAACAUCUGGGAAAGCAGCUCAGCCUUUGCGAGAAGCAUUUAGGUCUUCUCACAGGAAGCCCACAGGAACUGGGAUUUUGCUAAUUUAAGAGAUCUUUCCAUGUCAUUUGUCUAUGAGCCGGAUAGAAACGUGCUGCGCAGGAAAGAAUGGGAAAGGAGAAAUCAGGAGGCCCAGCAGGAGGAUGGCACAUUUAACACAAGUUACUCCCUCUUCAGUGAACCGUACAAGACCAACAAGGGGGAUGAGCUAUCAAAUCGCAUCCAGAAUACCCUGGGCAAUUAUGAUGAAAUGAAAGACUUGUUAACUGACCGAUCAAACCAGAGCCACCUUGUUGGGGUUCCCAAACCUGGGGUUCCUCAGGCAUCUCUCCCCAAGCCCGAUGAACAUCUCAUUGCAGACUCAAGACCACCACCUCUUCCCUCUAUUUCCAGCACUUCUUCUUCCACACCAGCAGCCCUACCCACGCAGCAGAGCAAAAGCACCACGAUGGGUUGGCAGAAGGCCGGGCACAAUGCCGCUUCAGAGGGCCAGCAGAGAUCCAGCAAACAUGGGCACCACUCACUGGAGUCACACAAGGGCGACUUCAAACUGGCGAACCAAAAAUCCAGUCUGGAGAAACUAAAACGCUAUGCAUCCAGUCCCACUUCCUCCUCCUCCUCCUCCUCCUCCAACACUGCUCAGCAAAGCUCACUGAGGCCCACACUAGGUGAUAAUGCCAACAGAGUACCGCAGCCUGCGAAGCUAAGUUGUAACACAGAAGGAGCUCAAGUGCAAGAGAGGCCCUCAAAGCACGGCGGUGGGCACUGUGUCCAAAACUUCCCACCGUCUCUUGCUUCGAAGCCCAGUCUGGUUCAGCAGAAACCAACUGCUUAUGUAAGGCCGAUGGAUGGUCAAGAUCAGGCCCCUGAUGAGUCUCCAAAGCUGAAGUUACCAGCAGAGACAACCAAGUCGUACAGGGGAGUGCCUUCUAACAAGCCUGAUUCGGCCAGGACCAAGUCAAAGAUAGCAAAGUUCAGCAUUCCUAAGCAAGAAGAGGACAGUGGAACAGGAGAUAACAGCUGCAUUGAAGAAAUAUUGCGGGAGAUGACCCAUUCUUGGCCUCCACCACUAUCAGCUAUUCACACACCAGGGAAGGCAGAACAAAACAAGUUUUCCUUCCCAAACAAGGAGUCACAACAGGGAUCUACAGGACACAGCAAUACAAGAAAAAGUGAUGUAGAGCCAAAGAGUCCAGAGAAAAGUGCAACCCAUACAUCAAUGCUAGAAGAUGACCUCAAGUUAAGCAGCGACGAAGAAGAAAACGAGCAGCAGGCAGCACAGAGAUCUGCUCUCCGCGUUCUGUCUGACAGCAGCCUGGUGGUGCCGCAGUCCAGCACCCGAGCCCCAGGACUCUCCAGCAAGGGGUCGAGCAGCAGCAGCUCCAGUGAAUCCGAGACCAGCUCGGAAUCUGACUCAGAGAGCGAAAGCAGCUCCAGCGAGAGCGACGGCAGCAAGCCCUCGCAUUACUCCAGCCCAGAGCCCGAGCCACCCUCGUCCAACAAGUGGCAGCUGGACAAGUGGCUGAAUAAAGUCACUCCUCACAAAGCACCCAUCCUGACCCACCAUGAUGGCCCGGCACUGGAGGGCCAUCCCUACUACGGCCACGUGAAAGCGGAGCGGCAAGAAGGCGAGAAGACCCCGGCCACUGGCCCAGCCGAGCACCGCAGCGGGGAGAGCCGCACCACCACCGUCGCCACCACCGCCACCGUCGGGGACGGGCCACGGCCCAGGACCGCCAACAAAGCACCGGGCAGCAAGGGCGGCCGGCAGAAGUCACCCCCCGCCGCUGACAGUGGGCCUCCAAGGAGGGCAGCGGGGAAGAAGGCACCACGGCGGGCUGAGAGGACCUCAGCCGGGGACGGCUCCCACUGUCGUGGGGCAGAGGAGCCCGCUGGGAGCCACGGCUUUCUGGAGAGCACCGCUGCCGAGGCACCGAAGGCCCGGCCUGUUGGCGGUGGCAGCGGUGGAGGCUGCAGAGCAGGGCACCGCCGGGAACCCCGCUCGGCCACAGCUGGCGAGAAGCGUCGGGCACGGGGGCCAAGCAAAACGGCACCCAAAUCCAAGGAGUUCAUUGAGACUGAGUCCUCCUCAUCAUCAUCCUCCUCUGACUCGGGCUCCGAGUCGGAGCGGGAGGAACGCCCGCUGCCCAAGGCACCGGCAGCAGCCGGGGCUGAGCCUCGCGCCAAGGACACGGGGACCGGUGCCGCCAGCAAACCCCACAGCGGCUGCAGUGCCUUUGGCUCCAUUAAUGCCAGGACUAGUAGUGAAAUAGCAAAGGAGCUGGAGGAACAGUUUUACACCCUGGUUCCUUUCGGUAGGAAUGAGCUCCUGUCUCCUCUGAAAGACAGUGAUGAGGUAAAGUCACUGUGGGUCAACAUUGACUUGGCUCUUUUGUCCAGGAUUCCAGAGCGUUUGCCUGAAGAGCCGCUGGCAAUGAGCGCCGGAGCAAACCAGGCGGCCAGCCUCCCGCAGGGUAGUAGUGCUGACCCCCCCGCAGAGAAGGGUUUACCGAAAUCUAGAAGGAAACGCAAGUGUGAGAAUGAAGAAGAAUACAGAGACAUCAAGAAGACUCAUUUAGAGCGAGAGAGUUCUUCACGAUUAGCUGCCUCUGCCCAUAAUAUCACAACAGCAAAUCACUGCAAUAUGAAUGAAAAUAGCUUGGCAAUACCAAUAAAUAAAAAUGAGAAAAUGCUUCGGUCACCUGUCUCUCCCCUCUCUGAUGCAUCAAAACACAAAUACUCCAACGAUGAUUUAACUUCCUCCAGCAGACCUAAUGGCAGCAGUCUAUUACCUUCCAUCUCCUCCAGCAAAAAACAUAAGGGUGAAAUCCAGUCUCAGCCACAUCCCGGAGACUUCAAUAAAGCAAUUCACAUCAAUUCAGAAAAUGUUCUCUGCAAUAAGCCACAGUCCCAAACAGAGCCUUGGUCACCUCUGUCCGGCGCACCCAGGGACUGCAGAAGGACAAAGCUUAUCUUUGAUGAUAUGCCACGCAAUGCAGAUUACUUUAUGCAGGAAGCUAAACGGAAGAAGCAUAAAGCAGAUGCAAUGGUGGAAAAGUUUGGAAAGGCACUGAAUUAUGCAGAAGCAGCACUAUCGUUUAUUGAGUGUGGAAAUGCAAUGGAACAAGGCCCAAUGGAAUCUAAAUCCCCCUAUACAAUGUAUUCAGAAACAGUUGAACUCAUCAGGUACGCAGUGAGACUAAAAACCCACUCAGGCCCCAGCGCCACGCCAGAAGACAAACAGCUGGCAGCAUUAUGUUACCGCUGCCUGGCCCUUCUGUACUGGAGGAUGUUCCGACUCAAGAGAGACCAUGCUGUCAAGUAUUCGAAAGCACUUAUCGAGUAUUUUAAGAAUUCAUCAAAAGCUGCCCAGAACCCAUCUCCUUGGGGUACCAGUGGAAAGAGCACAGGCACUCCAUCACCCAUGUCCCCUAGCCCUUCUCCAGUCAGCUCUGUAGGAUCCCAGGGGAGCACAGGGGCCCCUUCCCCAUCUCCUAUAAUCAGCAUCCCACAGCGCAUUCAUCAGAUGGCUGCCAACCACGUCAGCAUCACCAACAGCAUCCUGCACAGCUAUGACUACUGGGAGAUGGCUGACAACCUGGCCAAGGAAAACAGAGAUUUUUUUAAUGACUUGGAUGCAUUGAUGGGACCUAUCACCUUGCACAGCAGUAUGGAGCAUUUAGUUCAGUACACUCAGCAAGGACUUCACUGGGUGCGGAAUAGCGCUCACUUGUCAUAAUGACUGUGUGCCAUUCACAUGGACUGUAUACCUUUCAUGGAUAAUUCAGUUAUUCUGGACACUGUGCUACAGAAAUAGUCAACCACAGCAUUGAUCCAAACAAAGGUGAAUAUUUCUUCAAUGUUGAGCAAAAUUUUUCUGAGUGUAGACAUGUAUCUGUGCAUAUGUACAAUAUACAAUGAUGUCUUUUCAGAAUGAAUAGUUCUGUACUGCUCUCCAAACAUUUUCAUACACUAGAAAUACUAGAAGAACUGAUCUUGAUGCACAAAACAUACCCUUUCUAUUCAUGUGCAGCUGACAAACUCAGAAACCAAAAUCUCCUGGGUUGAUCGAACCAAGUGCAAUAAGCACAAAUCCCUAUUCAGGAAAGCUCUCAAUAGACUCUUACCUUUAAGCUUGUACCGAAAUCCUAUUGACUUCAGUAGAGCUUAAGCACAUAUACGAGGGCUUUCCUGAACUGGAAUGAAUGAGGGCAAAUCUCUGUCAUGGAGAACCUUUACUGCGAGCACGGACACUUCACAGAAGUUCCAACAAUAAUGUUCCAUCUCCCUGUAACCUCCCCACUGGGGCACACAGAGGAGUUGUGUAGUCUGCAUUAAGUUGGAGAAAGACAGCAUUCCUUCAUGUGCAAUAACUUUCAACAGAUUGCAUGCAUUUCUUUAUCUCCUGUCUUUUUAAAUAACUUUACCUCUUGUUCAGCUCCGCACCAACAGUACAACCUGCAGUAUCGGGCAAAAAGCCUGAAAACAGAUAUGCUGAUAGCAAGAACUUUUAAAAGAGGUGGUGGAAAAUUGCAUUCUGUUACUGACAGUAAAUAGAUAAAUGAAAAAAUAUGGCAACCUGCAAUCCACUUAGUAAAGAAAAUGUGUUAAUUUCAGCUGCAUACAGACAGUGAGAAAUAUCUGUAAGAGUUGUUGACUUUGCAUGGGAAGGCUUCAUCUUACAGAUUUUGAUUUUCAUAUCUUUUUCAUCUAGCAGAAGCUCACAGCCUGUUCUUCUAGGCUAUAUGGGAACGUUACAUGCAAUUUCCUUUAUCUGGGAAGCUGAGUUUGCUGCUCAUCAGGCUAAGAACUGUUUCCUAUCAUAAUCCUCUCACUCUUCAUCCAUAAUCCUCAAUGAGGCUUUAAUGUUUCUUGAUUUAUUGGAUGUUUUCUGUUCCUGUUGACAGGCUAUGUUUUUUGUGCCAGAAGAAUUAAUCCCACAGUGACUGGAGUUUAAUUUGGGUCAGCUGAGGUCAAGGCCAGUUCAUACCAACUGUGUUUGCAUUUAGUGCAUUCGUGUUCAGUGGUUUUGACACAUUUAGUUUUCUCUCUCUGUUAUUGGAAAUAUAUAUAUUUUUUUUUUUGCUUGCUUUGCAAUCAGAUUUGCAGCCCUUACUCAAGUCAGCAGCUCUGGUGACUUCAGUGGACUAUUCUUGUCCAAGUCUCUGACUGGACCCUUUGAUUGUUGUUUCCUAUUCUAAUUUACAAAUAUAUUAAGGAAACAGGACUGCAAAAAACUAUUUCAAUAGAAGAUACAAGUAGAAGUGGCAACUGAUAUUGACAGUUGAUUGAUUGGUCUUUGCUGCCUUUUUUUUUCUCCCUGAUUUUUGAAGAGAUGCAUUGAAAAAAAAAAAAAAAAAAAAAAAAAAGGAUAAAAGAUACCAAACAAAGUGGCACGUUUGCUCAGUAUAACAAAGGUUGUAUGUACCCUGUGGUAAAGAACAGGCUUGAAAACACGCAGAGCCCUAGAUAUGUGCAUUUUUUUGUCUAGGCUACUUACAUAAAUGCAGCUAUUGCUCAGACUCAGCACAUCACUCUGUUCUUCGAAGCAGCUCAGCAGGGUAACUUCCAAGGGCCUGCUGAGCGCCAAGCCACCCCAGGCCAAUUUUAUGUGCCAGUCAAUGCUCAGAUCCUUCCCAGGAGAACUCCUGAGCUCAAGCUGUGGUAACCUCUUAAUACAGACCUGAGUGCUAUAGUGUGGCUGGCUUUAAGAGUGGACGUGGACCUGCCUCUAAAUGACAGAAUACACAUCCUCCAAGUCCUCCAGUCACUCUUAAUUCCAGUCAGCCACCCUAGAAGGAACACAAGUUGUUUGAUCCCGAGUAUCGUGGAGAGCUUGGUCAGUGCCUUUUCUGUUUAUUACUUGCCUGAUCUCCAGCUGUGGAAGUCUGCCACGAUGUACUAGACUAGCAGCAGCAGAUUCCAUCAGCUGCUUCAGUUCCAUAUGAAAGUACUGUGGGAUUUCUCCUCAGAUCAGGAAAGUGAAAUUCCGAUUAGAUUUGCUUCUGUUUUCUUUGAUGGUGCCUAUGAUGUUUAUCUUCAGAUAAGUUUGGGGAUUUGGGAGCCCUUGUUGCUAUUUAAUGUUGAGAAAUUUUAGACAUGACAUAUAUUACUUGCCUUAAAAGGAGUUUAGUUUUAUUGCACACGUGGCAUUUGAGUUUCAAGUAUGGAACUUCGAAGCAUGUUUAUUUUAUUAAGAUCGGGAUAUUUUUCUUAAUCAUGAUGAACUCUUUGUAUGGAUAUAAUAUGUCAAACAACUUCAAAGAAAUGCAAGAAUCAAUGCUGUCCUGUUGUAACAUGUUUCCAAGUACUAAGGAUCUCUUGCAGAUGAUUGUCCUUUCUUGUACAUUGUUCUUAUAUUUAAUUAUUCCAGCUAAAAUACCCAUUGCUUUCAUGGAAAAACACAUAUUUUUUUUUAGGUUUUGUGCUGGCAUCAUCCAUGUUGUCCAAUGAGCACAACCAAGCCUUAACCUCUGGUGGUGUAACAGGAUGAAAUAGCAGCCAGUUAAACCAACUAGACAUAAAUGGAUUAGAAGUUUUGGCCUCCUCUCCAUAGGGUUUCUUACAGCUGUGUUUUGUAGAGGUUAUUUAGAAUACUCUUCCGUCCGGGCUAUUUUGCUGUAUAAUGGUUGCUGCAGUUUAGAUGACUGGAGCUGAAUGUGACACGGUGACAAGAAAUAUUUCAUUCAUCUUCUUAAGGCCAGAUUUGGAAAAGAGUAUGCAGCUUUUAGAUCUGAUCCCAUUAAGCAUAUGCUCCACAUUAAGAACCUGAAUAGUUUUAGACAUUUCAGCAUAACUCAUUGGUGCUUUGAGUGUUUUGGAUGAAAUCAAUAGAGUCCAAGGACUUUUGGGGGGCACAAUGAAAGAUGUUUACUUGUCUCAACCAGUUGUAAAAGUCCAGGAACGUGCAGGCUUCUUUACACUAUACCAUUUCCAGGUUCAUUUUGUGAAAGUAAGAAGUUGGUCCGUACAAACCUAGAAGGAUUAUACCUGGAGGGAGAGGCUGGUAAAGCAAUGGGAAUGCAUUCAAAGGAACUAUGUAUUGCAGGUAAAUGCAAUAAAUGCAGUGCAGCCUAUGGGAUCCUCACAGACAGCAAGAUCAUGCAGACCCCUUGGCCUUAAUCGUUUAUCGUAUUCCAUGGUGAUAUGAAUGACAGAUAAGAACAAAUUAUAUGCAGAGGUUCAAAUGUGGCUAAAAGCCAAGCAUAGUCCCCCCUGUCAUGUGGCAGGAUACCCCAGCUCCUUGCUUGCCUAUUUCUUUUAUCCAAAUAUCACAGGGCUCCAAAGGAAGAGGUUUCAGUGAACAGAAGACCUUAGGUAAAGGAGGUUAAGAAGAUCAAGCCCUAAGUGUAGAUACAAACAUGUAUGUAUAUACUGUAAAUCUAAAUAGUAAUAAAAGUCACUCAGCAUGAAGGAUAUUACUAGUGCCUACCAUUGAUCAUCAAGUACUCAUUGCGGAGCAGCCAUAUCACCUCAGAACUGCAGUAACUGUUAUCAAAAUAAUUUGUGCAGCUAAUUAAUUUAUAAGAAAUGCACCUUCGGGACUGUGCCAUAGUAUCUCUUUUGUAAUACAAAUGUUCAACCAUUUUUCAUGGCUACUGAUUCAAAUCUACAUCACCGAAAUGUCAGGAUAUCUUUUUUUUCCCUAGAUGAGGGCACGUACUUAGACCUGGCUAAUCUGUGCUUAGUUUGUCUACCCAAGAGACUUCAGUAGUCACCAGCCUUAACGCAUGUACAGUGUAUACUAUUCACUGACUUAGUCGUAGGUUUUAAUCCAAAUGAAAUUGGAAUUUUCAAAAUGACUUGGAUUAAUGGCAUCUGUCUCAGAUACCCUGCAGAUGUGACAUUAAAUGAUUCGUGAUUUUAAGCAGGAAAGGUUAAAUUUUAUGUAAAUAACAGGGGUGAGUUCCAAAAAUUUCUACAAGAAGAUUUUUUUCAAAUCAGAAGAUUGUCAAAGUAAUACUUUUUUUUUUUUUUUUUAACUCUCCUAAUCUUCUGGAGGGUCAUGGGUUCAUGUCAAAGCUAUACAAACUUCUCCUUCUGCAAUAUGCCUUGCCUUUGCAUAAUCUGCUUAAUGCUUAAUACGUCAAAAAGAAAUGUUUCUUUUUAACAACAAUAGCAGUUUCCCUCCCCACCUCCAGGGAGAAUCCUCAAACUAAAGAAUAAAAUCUCUUGGCACAAUAGAAAUACAAACAAUACUUGAAGAAUAUGAACUUGUUAAGAUAACGAUAGAGGUUUGGCUGGCGUAGACCUAACAUGCCUCUCGUUUUAAUAUCUUUCUCUUAGCAUUUACAUCACAUCUUUGAACUCAUUGUGUUUGAAACGAGAGAAUUAGGUUGAUUUUCAUGUCUUAAAAAGGCCUGAUAGGUCUGAUCAGUAUCAUAAUUAUAAUUGUUACAUUAGCGUAUGUGCUGUGUACUGAGGGCUGGGAAGGCAUGUAACCAUAGAUAAAUUUGUCAGAAUUCAUUUAGAAAAGCAUUUGGAUGAUCUUAUGUCUAGCCUGUGAAGAAAACCGGAGAGCAAUGUCUCCCACCCAAUGCUGUUAGCAUGAAGAUUCGGAUACUUUAAUGUCUCCUACAAGCUGCCAGUUGCCCUUUCUAAGGCUGAGACUCCAUUUCCAGCCUUACCGGUUGCCAUGCUGACAAUUGUUCUUAAGGUUGAUUAACAAACUGGGAAAGUUACCCUGUUUGCCCUCACCGCACAGAAGCUACAGAGAGGAAAAAUACCAAGAUUUGGAGUAUCCAAGGCUCUAUCAUUCUUUCAGAAGACUUUCCUCACUGAGAUUCGGCUGGAUAUGUUUCUUAAGUCAUUCUUGCUUGCUGUCUGGCUCCUUUGCUCUCAGAAGUCCUCAAGUAUGAGUGCCCUUUCAGGGAUUUUUUCUUCUCUGGUAGCCCAAGCUGCCUUUUGAAUGGGGUGCUAGAGCUUGGAGCAAGUAACCCACAGGUUGUGCAAACGUUUUGCUUUCCCCCACAAAACCAGCAGCAAAUACAGCAAGAUUUGCUCUCUUUCUUGAUCUGUGUAGCUUGAAUCCCAGACCCAUCCCUGCUACCCUGAGAGGGCUUCACUGGGUCCAAGGAAAACAAGGGAAUGACAAAAAAUGGGAGAUUUCCUCUGUCCCAGGGCACGUACUCCUUUUGGGGAGUGAAUAUAAAGAACAGCAUGGAUCAUGAGGCACUCAGGUCUCAUGUUUCUCAUAUGUACUAACACAGGGAUACUUAACAUUUAUCUGCCUCAUAGGGCUUUAUGAGUAUUAAUUAGUGUUUGCAAAUCACAUUGCAUCCUCAGAAGGAAAGUGCUGUAGAAGAGCUAUGGAAAAAACUGCUAAGCCCACUGGAUAAAUUUCACCCCUGAGUCCUGAGCUACAAGACCCUCAAAUUCCUUAAAUAUCAUCUAAUGUAAGCACCAGAGUAUAUAAAACUUGUGCUUAGUACUGAGGGGAGUCAUAGAGUCACAGUCUAGGUGAAAUUGCCAUUCCCAGAGUAUCUGUAACUUUGAUCCUCAUAGCAAGAAAGAACCACAACAGUGAUUCUGGAACAGUGUAGGUUUACCAAGUGGUGGGGAGCCAUCCUAAGAAUUACAAAAUAUUUUUGUAUAUAAGCCACUUUGUCAUUCUGUAAAAGAAAUUUGCCUUCCUAGUCUUACCAAGAGUGUUUUUCAGAACAGCCUCAGAAAAGUUCAACUUGUUACUACAUAUCUGGCUUGAAAUGAGUCCAGACCAAUAGAUACUGUCCUUUAGAAUGGUGCAUUGCAGAGAGGACUAGUCAGCUAUCAGAACAAUGAAACCAAAAACAGUGCCUCUCAUAAAAUAUCUGUCUGUCAGUGAUGUACAUUACCAGUAUUUGAUCCGGGAAGUCAGAUAUGUCGGAGCACAGCGUUGCCUUCCGAAAUCAUGUCAUCAUUAACCAGUGUCACAGGGUUAAAUUCUGUGCUCUUCUGACAUGUUACCUCUAGAAGUCACCGGUAAAACACUUCAGCAAGGACUGAACACCAGUCAAAUCAACAAAAUGUUCCUACUGCUGUUGAUCUUAUUCAGGCAGUACAAGCAAAUCCUUCCUUACUUAGCACUACUUGUCUUUUUGUUCGUAUUUAUGGAAUCUUCACCUUAGCCACUGAUAUGAAAGGAAACAUUUCCUUUGGGGACAAGCUAGAUGUGGAUAAGAUUUACCAAAGUAAGGGCCCUUCUUAGUCUUUUUUCCCACUUCUAUGCCUAAAAAUGUUGGUAUUUUAAAAGAAUAAUUUCAUCUGCAACUGAGAUUUUGGAAUCUGCCUUCACCCAUGACAAACAAGUCCAUCUUCCAUUUGCUUACAUGGGGGCUUCUGGCAUUCCCCAAGAAAUCACACAUAGCUAAUUACUGCCAUCAUCAAAACAUGAGUGUACCUUAUGUCUCCUCACCCUUUCAUUUUACCCCCCUGGUCGCACAGUCUACUCUCCCUGCAGCUUCCCUUGCCCCACAAUUUUCAGCCCCAACUCCAUCUCCCAGCCUGGGCUGGUGAUGCACAGGACAAGGGACAGAGCAGAGCUGCUCCAAGCAGCUCAGGACCUUUCAGUUUUCUUCUUGUUCCCACCCCACUGGUGGGCCUAGCGCCCACCUUCUUCCCAUUACUGCUAGCAAGUAACUAGUUCCCUUCUUAGGAGGAGCUGGUGAGUGCUGAUGACUCCAUGCACACAUUCUUACCAACACUUCUUCUCUGGGUGAGCAGAUGGAUGAGAGAGGCCGCCAAUCUCGGGACCCAAAGCCCUUAGUGCUGGUGACUCAAAUACCCCAAGUGUAACAGCAGUGCAGCUGGAGGGGUUGCAGCAGUGCCACCACAGCCAGUGGUCUUUGGCUCAGGUGUAAUUUACUUGCUUGAAUGAGCACCGAAAUUUGGCAUCCCUGCAGUAGAACCAGCAGGAACUGGUAGCCUCACACCCGUACAAGGACCUUCUGUAGGUCAUUGAGACCAUGCAAUCAGCCUUGUAAUGAUUCUCUGGGGUUAAAUAGCAAUAGACGCCGGAAUGGAAGAGAAAAAAAAAAUCCUUAUUUAAUCACAGAAGGUGGGAUUCACCUCAUCCUGUACUGAAAGUCUAAAAUAAGCAACAAGAAACACACCCUAGAAGUCUAGAAAUACUUGUUUCUGUCACUGGCUAUAGAGGGAGUCUAGGUGAUGAGCUCAGAAACAGAGACAGUACAAAUCUCACCCCAGGUUUCUGAUUGCACCUCUUGUUGCUGAGAGUGCCUGCUGAAAUUGGUAAAAUACCACAGGGUAGGCUGAGGCAAGUUAUGGCUGAGGGAGCAGACAAGCAGGAAAAUAUGUAUGAGGUAAAUAAAUUUAUUUCUGAGGUGUUUAAAGCAUGUGUUUCAGACCUGAACCAUCCCGAGCCCACUCUCUAACUCAUGAGGCCCAAAUCCAAAGUAGUAGUUCCUCGAGGAUUGAAGGCACACCUUUCUUCUGUUAAGAUUACUGAAAUAUCCAGAAAACAUAUUUUACAGUUUAGUAAACACACUAAGGCAUACGCUGCCUGAAAGUAGAGUUGGCUUUUUUUAAGAGAAGAAAGUGUUUCUGUAGAUGGUCAAAGAGAUCAGACUGGCCAUCGGCCCACAAGAGGCCAAUGUUACUCUUUCUAUGGAAGUUCAACAAAUGAUGUGAAAGAACUUGAACAACAUUGCAGUUUUAUCUACAGUGAAUAAUCUGCAGGCAGCACAAGGCCACCUAACACUUGUGGCCUGCCUGCACGCUGCCAGUCCCAUAGCAGCUCCUCCAGGAGAUGAGACAGAAGAGUUGAGAGGCAUCAGGGCUCCUCUCCGUGGCCAAGCCAGGCCUUCUACACGGGGCCUCUAUGCUGGCCACAGCAGAUGGAGAUAAUAACCAGUGCGACAACACGUGGCUGUACAAGGACUCAUGCUUCAUCAAAGGGCAGCUCCCUGCCCUCCUGUGUUCAUUACUGAUCGAAGCCUGGGCAGCAGCGAUGCCUGGUGUCCAGGGCCCUGUCGCAGUGGGCGCCCUACAGGGAGCGAGCCACAGACUUCCUUCCAAAGAGCCAAAACAAACCACACUGCAGGUGGGUGAGGAAAACAAACAGGUAGGGAAGAGAGUAGAGGGCAGCCAAAAUAAGCGGAUGUUUAAAUUUGUCAUUACUUACCCGAUCAGCAGCAAUAAUGACAGUAACCAUAAUUCCCUACCCAUUUUCCAAGGGUAGCAGCAGUGGUUGAAACAGCGAUGUAGCGGUCCCAGCGUGAGGUUCAGCCACCGAGAGUCCCCGCGGUCAAUGUGCUGGAGGUGCAGGCAGCACACGGUGGGUGCUGCCACAUUGCGGCUCUCCACCUCCCCAGUCACGUAGCCAGCUGGGAGCCCCUGUUCAGCUGAGGUACUCAAGGGUCAGAUAGUGACCAGAAUUAUUUUUGUAUAUUUUCAUAUUUCAUUCCUUGCAACGAACAUUGGCUUUUUUUUUUUUUUUUUUGUAGAAUUACUCAAGACAAUACAGCUAUAUUUGCAUCUCAUAAAACGUUGCUUAUGUUUCUCUAUGAGAGUGAUCCUUCUGAAGCCUCGCCCACCCAGCCAAAGCUAUAGCAGUUUAUUUUUCCAGCGAGUGUAAUCCCACAACACAUCCCUACAUUGCAGGCAAUAUUGUUUACACAGGUUAAUAAACGGAGUAUUCUGUACAGUAAUUUAUGCUGUAAGAUAUGUACAUAUAUCACUGUAGCAGUCACAAAUGCUUUAAACUGCCUUAUUUAUUAGAUCAGUUAGCAUUUCCUCCCUUGCUCCAGAAUACUUUAAAUUAUUUUUAUCUUUAUCUUUUGCAUUAGGUAAUUUUUUAGUUACUGCAUUUUGACCCAAUUAUUGAAAAAAAUGGUCUUUACAGUAAAUAGAUAUCUAAAAGUAGAAAUAGCAAAUUUACCACCCAUCCAACUAAUAUAGCUCUAAUUAUGAUUAAAAAUAAAUAUCUUAUAUUCUUAUCUGUGUAUUAUAGUAUAUGCCACAAAUCAUAUUCCACUUGUGAUCAAUACAAACGAGCUUUAGUAACUUUCACCUAUUUCAUUCUUCUAUUCUGAGACAAAGACAUAAUAAACCAUUUAAUCUAAAAUAUUCCCCAUGAGAGCCCUGGUCUUAUUUCUCCCUCAGGCAAAACUCACGUUGGCUUCAAUGGGAGCUUUACCUAGGUAAAAGUACAACAUAGGGACAUUACAAAACAAAUGUAUCAUGUAUGAACAGCACUUGUGCUUGGUACUCCUUCCUUUUUUUCUUUUUUUCUUUUUUUUCUUUUUCCUGUAGUAAGAAACAUAGGGUAGAUAUUACAUCCGUAACAGUUGUCUGUCUCACUCCUUCCUUUUUGCUGUACAAGUAAAAAAUUAAGAUUCAGAAACAAUUGUAUUGGUUCCAGUCACUCAAGUGAAUCAGAAAUCUUAUGGGGAUCAGUUCCAAGCCAAACUAGAAAGUACAAGAAAAAUUUGCUUUUGUUUGUCUUCAUGUUAAAUUUUGUUACACGACUAAACAGGUUCAUGCGUACAAAGGCAAUGAAAUUAUUAACAACUUCCUUUACUGUUUGGAGAUUUUGCUAUGUCCACAGUUCAUAUAAAACUCAUGUAGCACAGUUUCUGGGAUGGUGAAAAAUCCUACUGUAAUGUAACAGAAUGAGCCUUAAGGAUUUGUAAGAAUAAGCACUUUUAUAUUAAAAAGCAAAUAUUAAUUCAUCAGUAAGAUUACUUUUUUAAUGUGACAAUAAACCAUGAAAUCAACAUC